CGGCCGGCGGAGCGGCCCCCCCGCCAUGGGUCGGAAGCGCUGCGUGGGGGGAGACGGCUCCAAGAUGGCGGCGGGUUGCUGCGGGGUGAAGAAGCAGAAGCUCUCCAGCUCCCCUCCGUCGGGCUCGGCCGGCCCGGGCAGCGGCGGCGGCGGCAGCUCGCACUGCGGCGGGGCGGCGGCGGCGGCCGGGUCCGGGGGAGGCUGCGGCGAGCCGGGGUCCCUUCCUGCGCUGCCGGGGGGCGCCCCCCGCCUCAACGGCCUCGGGGGGCUGGCGGGGGGCUCCCCCGGCUGCGCCCUCUCCCCGCCGCUGCCGCCCAGCUGCGGCGCGGGACCAGGAGGCCUCUCCGCGCCGGCCGCCGCCUCGCUCCUCUCCUCGCCCGGGGUCGGGCCCGGCGGCUGCAGGAAGAUGGUGGUGUCGGCCGAGAUGUGCUGCUUCUGCUUCGACGUGCUCUACUGUCACCUGUACGGCUACCAGCCCCCGCGGAGCCCCCGCUUCACCAACGACCCUUACCCACUCUUUGUAACGUGGAAGAUUGGUCGAGACAAACGAUUGCGUGGAUGUAUAGGUACCUUUUCUGCCAUGAACCUGCAUUCAGGACUCAGGGAGUACACGCUUACUAGUGCCCUUAAAGAUAGCCGAUUUCCCCCAAUGACGAGGGAUGAGCUGCCACGGCUUUUCUGCUCAGUGUCUCUACUUACUAAUUUUGAAGAUGUCUGUGAUUACUUGGACUGGGAGGUGGGUGUACAUGGUAUUAGAAUAGAAUUCAUCAAUGAAAAAGGAUCAAAACGCACCGCCACCUACUUACCGGAGGUUGCAAAGGAGCAAGGAUGGGACCAUAUUCAGACCAUAGAUUCCUUAUUGAGAAAAGGAGGCUACAAGGCUCCAAUUACAAACGAUUUCAGGAAAACAAUAAAACUGACCAGGUACCGCAGUGAGAAGAUGACCAUGAGCUACACAGAAUACCUUGCUCACCGUCAGCAUCAUCACUUCCAGAAUGGCAUUGGGCACCCCCUCCCACCAUACAACCAUUAUUCCUGACACUGAGCCGCAUGACCAGUCCCUGGACUUCUCUGCAGACCUCUUCCCAGGAGACCCCACCCCCUCUUGGUCUAGCUAUCUCUAUUACUGUACCAUUUUAUGAUGAUAGUUUCCGUUGCCAUGAUGGCGCUUCUCCACAGCAGGUUAAGUUCAUCAUGGCAACGGAUGGAAACGCUGCAUCAUUACAAAGAGCCCCUUCACUCUCUUUUUUAAAAAUUCUUACUUUGGCUAGUAUAUAGACCUUUUGGGAUUCUUUUGAUAUAAAACCUUAAAAUUCUAACUUCAUUAACAUUGAAUUAUAUCAGUCAAGAUUCUCUGUAAGACUGUGGAUGGAAGGAAAGAGUAUAAUGCUUAAAGGGCUUGGAUUAGAGAAUACAAGCAUGAUUAGCUGCUCAUAAAAACAAAACAUACAAGAUUUAGGUCAGAAGCUUAGACUAUGAAGGGGGCCUGAGUAGGACUAGCCGUACAAUCCUCAACGUUCCUAUAAACUUGUUUUUAUUUCAUGUAAGUAAAUAUGUGAGCCUCAGAUCCUUCUGAUAAUCCUAGGAGAGGCAGGUUUUAAGAUGAAUUGCUUGAUUAUGAAUAGAAGGCAGCUAUGGUUUUUAGCGUGGUAUACAAUGAUCAUAGGAAGAAUUUCAUUGCAAAGCCAGUUCAGGCUGUGUUGGCCAAUGUGUUUGCCAUUUUAAUUGCUGCACAUCUAGGAAGAGGAUUUGCCACCUUUUUACUCAUGGGACUCAAGGCCUUCACAGGCCCCAUGUAUAGCAGGUUGGCUUGUGUUUGCACCAAUGCCAUUCUAAGACUUCAGUGAUAGAAGCUGCUUUUGUGCUGAAGCAGUUGGCAUGUAGCAGCUGUCGUAUUAGGAAGUCAAUGGAUUUAGGUAUUAGUGCCUUUGACAAGGAUGCAAGUUUUCGCAAAAUAAUAGGGGGGACAUAGGGGGAAACUGGAGAAAAGAUGGCUAUAUUGAACUCCUUUCUCUGUUGAGAGUUGGUGAGGAAUUAAAUUAGUUUGAGAGCAGAAAUCGGUUUUCUUCUUUCUCUUCCCAUCAUAUUCUAGUUGCCUGGAGUUUGUUACAAUCAACCAAACACAAUUACUGUUUUAAGUAGUCAUGGUGGUGGAUAUGAAAAAUGUGUUUCGAUUUAAUGUGUCGUCUGAAUGGUUCUGAGCCGGAGGGAUCAGUCCUGUGGCAAUGACUGUCUUUCUGUCCUACGUGAAAGGGGCUGAAAGAGUUAUUGUCUUGAUCAGACUCUAGCAAUGAGGAAGAGAGACAGGGAAAAGGCAUUCAUGAAGUUGGAAGCUGUUAGUAGUUUGGGACUCACCUUAUUUAAUGUACUGACAGAACUCUCAUGGACAGUGAUGAAGUGUAUAUUCAAGGGGAUAGGCUCUUUGCUAAACAGCCCUGUGAUACAUAAAUUUAAUAAAUAACAAUAAUAAAUUUUGGAUGAACCAAAUACAUUUUCACAGGAAUCCCAGCAUAUUUCAUUCACUAGAUGUGGAGUUCAUAUGCAUACCUAUAGGAGGAUAGAUGAGUCUGGGCAAAACCAAACACUAUUAAAUGUCAAGCAGCUGGUUAAGAAUCCUGAAAUGUACUCUUAAUUCUCAUACGUACAGGGAGGCAAGCAGAGGGUGGCUCUCACAUUAACAGGGAAGCUAGCAGAGAAAGUUCUCACAGGGAAUGCUGUCAUUUCCUUCAUCCACAGCAUUUGAUGUCCAAAUAUUAACUUUCUGUUUUAAUGCCUUAAUUUUAAGUGAACAGAAGGCCUGAAAACACAAGUAGCCAACAGAUGUCUGGCAGACAUUGCAGGUCAGGAAAAGAACUGGCCAUUGCUUCUGUUGAAGUUAUGUGGGGACCCUUUCCAUUUGGGUGUUGGAAAGCAGAUUCACCUUGAAACAACAGGUAUCAACAAGUGGCUUUCUGAAUGCAACUUUUUCAUUCUUGCCCUUUAAAGGGAAACUUGAGCACAAGCUGAAAAAAAUAUUAUCUGCUGCAAAACAUUUGAAAAAUCAGCCAUGGCCACCCAAUCUCAUCUUUCCUCUAUUAUCUCAUUACAGCUCAUGCUUCUGGGUGAGCUCAUUGUUAGAAGUUUUUUAAAAAGAUCUAUUAUAUAUAUAUAAAUAUAUGUGUAUUUAAAGGUGCUAAUCAACCUUGAGCAGGUCACGUGACUGGUCAUGCGGACUCGGAAAUCAUAUCAGAUUUUUUUAGAAAAAAAAUCCUCAAUAUAUGCAGAUGUUAUACAGAAUUUCUUACCAGUGUAAUAAUGAAAUACUGAUUUAAAUAAAAUAUCCUGCAGGGUUUGAAGGACGAGGUCAGCAAUACUUCCCACCAUGGCUUGGGGGAGGAAAAAGGAUCAUUUUGUCUCCUUUUUUGUACACAGUGUAAUGCACAAUGCAUAUUUGUCUUAUGUUUCAGUAGCUGUUGCUUGGGAAAUUAAAACUAGUUCAAAGGGUUAUACAAACUGGAAAGGUGUGCUUUAAAAA